AUGCUGCCGUUCCCGUUAUCCUCGUUUGCAGGGUUUCCUUUACGCCGUUUGAAGACCCAGUCUGCUCACCAGAGGGUCACCAACAUCGUGCCGUACAUCCAAAAGUUCAAGCGUAACCCGGUUACCGGCAAGCCUCUGGCCCUCAAGGAUCUGAUCAAGCUUCAUUUCCACAAGAACGCUGAUGGCGAGUACCACUGCCCGGUUUUGAAGAAGGUGUUUACCGAGUUUACCCACAUCGUGGCUGUCAAGACAACCGGCAACGUGUUCUGCUAUGAGGCCAUCAAGGAGCUGAACGUGAAGCCCAAGAACUGGAAGGAGCUGCUGACGGAUGAGCCCUUCACACGUGCUGACAUCAUCACCAUUCAGGAUCCCAACAAUCUGGAUGCCAAUGUGCUCACGGAGGUCGACCACGUCAAGCAGAGCAGAACCUCGCAGCUCCAAUCCAAUGGCCCAGUCCUUCCUGUCCUCUGUUUGAAGAAGUGUUUUGAGACGUCUCAAAACAAUCCAAUGGCCCAGUCCUUCCUGUCCUCUGUUUGA